UCCUGCUCCCGGAACUCCCAGAGCCUCGCUCGAUCAAUCGUAGCUCGUGUUCCCUCUCCUUUUCGCGGCGAUGGCGGUGGAUCUCACCCCGAGGCAGCCGGCGAAGGCGUACGGCGGCGAGGGCGGCGCCUACUACGAGUGGAGCCCGGCCGAGUUGCCCAUGCUCGGCGUCGCCUCCAUCGGCGCCGCCAAGCUCUCGCUCGCCGCCGGCGGCAUGUCCCUCCCCAGCUACUCCGACUCCGCGAAGGUCGCCUACGUCCUCCAAGGUAUGUGCAUGCAACCGAUCCAUCUCGAUGACUCGAUCGCCGACACCCAAACCCCCAAUCUUCUCCCGCACCUCAUGCCCAUCUUGGGAAUUUUCAAAAGGUGUGCGGUUACUAUUGAGGGGAUUUCACAUCGAACAAGGGGUUUGAGGUAUCCAAAACGUAUCGCAGAAGUAUCCCCGGAGUAUCAAACAUUAUAUUCUUUUUUUAAAAUUAAAAAAUCAACGGAUACUUACGGGAUACGUAUCGGGCUGUAUCGGGGCAGUAUCCGAGUAUCGGGGCAGUAUCCGAGUAUCGGGGCAGGCUUCUCCACAGAGUUCGUCGGCCGCGCCUGGGACCUCAAGCAGGACGCCGCCGCCAAGCUCGUCUCCAGCCAGCCAGCCUCCGGCAUCGUCAAGCUCUCGGCCGGGCAGAAGCUCCCCGAGCCGGUCGCAGAGGACCGCAAGGACAUGGCGCUCAACUGCCUGGAGGCCAAGCUCGACGUGGACAUCCCCAAGGGCGGCCGCGUGGUGGUGCUCAACACGGCCAACCUGCCGCUGGUGAAGGAGGUCGGGCUCGGGGCCGACCUGGUCAGGAUCGACGCCCACUCCAUGUGCUCCCCUGGAUUCUCGUGCGACUCGGCGUACCAGGUCACGUACAUCGUCCGUGGCAGCGGGCGCGUGCAGGUCGUCGGCCCCGACGGCAAGCGCGUCCUGGAGACCCGCAUUGAGGGCGGCAGCCUCUUCAUCGUGCCCCGCUUUCACGUCGUAUCCAAGAUCGCCGAUGCCUCCGGCAUGGAGUGGUUCUCCAUCAUCACCACCCCCAACCCGAUCUUCAGCCACCUGGCGGGGAAGACGUCGGUGUGGAAGGCGAUCUCGCCGGAGGUCCUGGAGGCGUCGUUCAACACGACGCCGGAGAUGGAGAAGCUCUUCCGGUCCAAGAGGCUCGACUCGGAGAUCUUCUUCGCCCCCAACUAGGGCCAUUCAUUGCCCAUCGGCGCAUCGCCUUAGGCAGAAAUAAAUAAAUUUAGUUAGGCUUUGAGCGUGAGUCUGUCAGUUGAGCGGCUGGUGGUUUUAAUCGAUCACCUCUGCGACAUCUAUCUUAGUUGCCCCUGGCAGAACAGAAUGUUAGUGCCAUGUCAUCAUUAGUUAAAUGAGUGUGAGUGUUUGUUGCUCGUCUCAGAACCGAUGAAUGCAAUCGAUCCUUAA